AAACAACUUGCGGUCUUUAGAGACAUAAAAAUCCCAGUGAACUUUGGAAACGUUGCUUCUGCGAUCGGGUCAUCCGUUAAUCAACUUCGUCUGAGUAGCUAAAUCAACUCUCCUGUCAGCACCUUGAACACCGUCUUUGACCUGACAAUACUUAGCAGCCUCACCUUUAUCUCAAUUUUGCACUGAAAGCGCAUGAUGUUUUCGAAGUCUAAAGAAGGCGAGGGGCCAGGUGUCCAUGACCCGGAGAAGCAUGUUGCAUUCGAGGAUGGCAAGCCCGAAGAUAGCCACGUGGAGAACAUUCGUCAAUCCCAAAUCCACUAUGAUCUAGAUCCUGCCUUGAGUAAACGCCUAGACCGCAAGUUCGAUUUCCACAUUAUCCCUUGGCUUUUCGGAAUUUGGCUUUUCGCAUUCAUCGACAGGAGCAAUAUUGGGAACGCCAAGAUUGACGGCCUCUUGGAAGACCUCGAAAUGGUUACCGGCACGAAGUUCAACGUUGCACUGUUGGUUUUCUAUAUCCCUUACAUUCUAGUUGAUGUUCCAAGUAAUUGGAUCGUGAAAACGAUCCGAGCCGGCGUCUAUCUACCAACUCUCAUCACCUGCUGGGGCAUCGUAAGCACGUUUCUGGGUUUCACGAAAUCCUUCGCCGGCCUUGUGGUCUGUCGACUGCUUCUUGGACUCUUUGAGGGCGGUCUACUUGGAGGUAUCGUUGUGUAUCUGGCCAUGUUCUACCGUCGACAUCAAAUGCUGUAUCGCAUCGGCUUGUUCUAUUGUGCAGCCCCCUUAUCCGGCGCUUUUGGAGGUUUGCUAGCCACGGGAUUGGCAACGAUACGGCGCGGCGGCUACAACAGGUGGCCUUGGAUUUUCUUUGUUGAGGGUGCAAUUACAACAGUCUUCGGCAUGAUCUGCUUCUUCUUCAUGCCAAGCACUCCAGCUGAUGCGAACUUCCUCACAACGGAUGAACGUACACAGGCAAUGAGGAGAUUGAGAGAAGACUCACAUGGGGCUACGAAUGUCGAAGAUGUCAACGAUGAGCACUUUAGCUGGCACUGGGUGAAGAUGGCGGUGCUCGCGCCGCAGACAUAUUUCUGCACUUUAGCAUGGAUAUUUCUUCUCAUCCCACUUUACAGCUUCUCACUAUUUCUGCCGUCGAUCAUCCAGGGCCUCGGAUAUCGCGACACCACUCAGAUCCAGCUUCUCACCGUCCCACCCAACAUCGCCGCUUUUCUUGUCGUCCUCGCCACGUCUGCGCUUUCUGACAAGAUCAAGGCACGAGGUCCGAUUAUGGCUAUUGGGAGUAUGGUAGCUCUGUGCGGAUAUACUAUGAUUCUUGCCUCGAAAUCAAGCAAUGUUCGCUAUGGGGGUACGUUCCUCAUUGCGACAGGAGUUUUCCCUGGAAGUGCGAUGAUCAUGGGAUGGCUAUCCAACAAUUUGGCACCUCACUACGUCCGCGCCACUGGGGUUGGAUUAUUGAUAGGCUUGGCAAAUACGUCUGCUUUUCCAGCUACAUUCAUCUAUUUGCAGAAGGAUGCUCCGGAUUAUGUUCUGGGUCACUCAGUCUGCAUAGGUUCCUUAGUCCUCUGCUGCGUUACGGUCUCUCUACAGAUGCUCUAUUGUCGAUGGGAAAAUUCGAAGCGCGAGCGAGGAGAUCGAGACGAACGACUGCGAGGGAACAAGGUUCACCUGCUUGGACAUCGACACCCUGCUUAUCGGUAUACCCUGUGA